GACGCGUAUGGUUUGAAUGCGGUGAGUUGUGGAUCGUUGGCUACAAAAUUCAAGUCUCUCCCUGCUACUUCUCACUCGUUUCCUAUACUCUUUCCUUUCUGUUCUCUCCUUUCACACCCAAAAAGUUUUUAUUUUCUCAUCAACCAUGCCUUCAAGUGGACGUGUGGUUUACGGGCAAUGAACCAUGGGCUUUUUCCGGCGAAUCUUUGGCUUCAAAAAGCCCGCCCAACCCCACCACGAUAAAGACAGAAGGCCUUGGAGCUUUGCCAGAUCUUCUAAUCCCGCGUCUUCAAGUUCUCAUCUUGACUCUCUUUCUGGUCCAUGCGAAGAUACAUUGGAUGCCAGCAAACAGGCCAUAGCAGUGGCAGCGGCCACUGCUGCUGUAGCUGAGGCUGCUCUCGUGGCAGCGCAUGCGGCGGCUGAGGUGGUUAGGCUGACGAGUGGGCGUGGUGGGAGCAACCGACAGCUCGCAGAGCAGAUGGCGGCUGUUAAGAUACAGUCCGCUUUUCGAGGUUAUUUGGCACGGAGGGCACUGAGGGCAUUGAAAGCAUUGGUGAAGCUUCAAGCUCUAGUGAGAGGCCACAUUGUGAGAAAAAAAACAGCAGACAUGUUUAGACGCAUGCAGACAUUGGUCAGGCUGCAAGCUCAAGCCCAUGCAAAUCGUGCUUACGUGACAAAAUCUUUUGAUUCUGCCGGCAAGAUGUACCAUUCACGAAAUGCUGUCCAUGCAAGUUCUGUAAAAGAUGAAUGCCAACAUCAGGUUUAUAGUACUAAAUUUGAUGGGUCCUCAAUCCUGAAGAGAUGUAGUUCAAAUUCAAACCUGAGGGACAUCAUCGAUCUAGAGAAAACAUGGAUGAGUUCAAAUUGGUUAGACCGUUGGAUGGAGGAAAGUUUAAGGAACAACCAUAGAGAUGCUCCGCUUAGACAUUCACAUGUUGAUGAUGAGAAGAGUGACAAAAUCCUUGAAAUAGAUACUUGGAAACCUUGCUUGAACUCCCAACAAAGUAACAGGAACUUCACCGCAUCUCAGCAUGGUUCAGCUUUGCAUUACAACCAGAGCUUUAUGGCAUACAACUCCCCAAGAAAAAUGUCAGGAAAAGCUUCAAAUCCCAUUCCAAAUCUUUCUGCAGCAGAAGUUUUAUCAUUAAGCUCUCUGAAAUGUCCUGGAGGGAAAGAUGAAGCAGCUUUAAGGACUGCUGAAAACAGCCCUCAACUGCUUUCUGUAUCAUUGAGAACUGGAAGUAGUGCUAGGAGAAGUCCUUUCACACCCACAAGGAGUGAGUGCUCAUGGGACUAUUCCAGCGGAUAUUCUGGUCACCCAAAUUACAUGGCUAACACAGAAUCAUCCCAGGCUAAGUAUCGGUCCCAGAGUGCCCCGAGGCAGAGGCUGGAGUUUGACAAAUAUGGUUCAACCAGAAGAACUUUCCAGGGGUUAUGGGAUUCAGGGACUAAUUCAGAAAGAGAUUUAGCUCAAUGUGUUCACUUUAGGUACAGGACUAAUCCAGCAUCUGAUCGCUUGAACAGGCUUGAUAGUGCCAACCAAAGGGAAUGAUCUCGCUCACCCCUC